CCAAACCGGAUUCCUGCACCUGCUUCGACCGAACCGCUCACGGUUGACUUUCGGUCCGCUCCGACCAUGCGGUUUCUAAUUUUAUUGCCGGCAGACCGGCGAAUAGCCAGGCGGCCUCAAUGUAACGAUCGAUGCAUCGCUCGCUCUCCUCCCCGGACCGCCUCCCCCGGGCCAAAAAGUCGCCAUUUUUAUGCCUCUAAGCUCUGAAAGCACGCCGCGUUUUCUUCCAUCUCCGCGUGAAAGCCUAGCCUCGUUGGAUCGAAGCCAUAAGGUUUCUCAUCUCUUCGAACCUGCUUUUCUGAAAUCUAGGGUUUCGUUUCGGACUCAGCUGUUCGAAUCCAUGGGUUUCUGGGUGUUUUCCUUCUACGAUGUCUAGGGUUUUUGGGUAAUGCUUGAAACCCGGCCCCGAGGAAGAGCGGAAGCCAAGGAUACUUCGAUGACCAGUAGUGGCUUCGUCUCUGGAUCAUCUGCCGACCCCUCCGUCCACCACCUCCCCCAAGCCCACCAUCCCCUCCACAACCUUCAACCAAUGCUCGCUGCUGGCCUUUUCGACCCCGCCACCGCCUCUCUGAACCCCCCGCUUCGCGGGAAGGGCAUCUCCCCCUCCGCCACCGCCACCAGCGACGAUGACGACCCACUACCAGGCGCCGCCGUCCAGGAGAACGGCCACGAGCAACAGACCGGCACCGGCCCUGGCAAAAAGGGCUCGCCUUGGCAGCGUAUGAAGUGGACCGACGAGGUGGUCCGGCUGUUGAUCCGGAUCGUCGCCUUCGUCGGGGAUGACUGCGCUCAGGAGGCCGUGGACGGGAAGAGGAAGCACGGGGCCGCAUUCCAGAAGAAAGGAAAAUGGAAGAUGGUGUCCUUACUGAUGCAAGAGAAUGGCGCCUCUGUCUCGCCGCAGCAGUGCGAGGACAAGUUCAAUGACCUGAACAAAAGAUACAAGAGGUUGAACGAUAUCCUUGGUCCCGGGACCUCCUGCAU